AUGGAGGCCGACGGCGUCAAGGAAGAGCUUGCAGCGAUGCAGCUUGGCGAGAGCGACGACGUGAAUAUGACGGACACGGAUGAAGUGGAUUCGGGCGCGGUAACUUUGGAUAAGGUGUCGUUAUUGCAGGAAAGCGUCGAUAAGAUGGCGCUCAGUAUGUUCAACGCGCUUCGACUGCUGCCGGCCGCGACUGGAGACGACACCAAGAAACAAGAAACUAAGGACGCGAUUACGACGCUGGCCAACGAUGUUCUGAAGAUGGUGCAAGAGACUGAUGCGCUCAUUGACGACCUCCCAGGACUUGAUAAGACUGAGAUUGAACAAAUGGAGGAGCUGCGACGACUGCAGAUACAGAGCGAAGAGGAGGCUCAGACGCUUCGUCAAGUCGCCGAGGAAGCAGAGCGGUGGAUGGAUCGUGCGCGAGACUCGCUGCGUGUCAUCUCGGAGACGCGUCUGCGUCGGUGA